UGUUCUGGGCCUGCUUCUGUUUGUCAGCUCGAAACUCUGAGUCACUCGGGGUGAAGGGAGGAGAGGAGGAGGCGGCUGGGAGCUGGGCUGGCUCCUGCCUCUGCCUACUCCAGGUGCGCUCACAGGCAGGGAAGGAGCCCAUGUCGCCAUAAAAGGCAGGGAGGCCCGAAGGCUCAGUCAGCCUCCUCCUCGAGGGUAGCGCUGGGAAGAGUAUCCCUGGUGAUCUUUGUUCCUAGGGUGGGGUCAGGCUAAACCAGCUGAACCACCCUUGGCCUCACCCGGUCCCCCAUCACGACGGGACCAUGGGUUUGAGGUGCUGAGUACUGUCCACUGUCAUAGGUGGACUGGCCCGUGGUCUGCUUGCUGUCUGAGGCCACACUGUGUGUGCAAAGGCCACAGACUUGGGGGUCACUCAGGCCCGUGCCUGGUCCCAGCUCUGCCAUUUCUCCACUGUGCCACCUCACCUGGGGAGCCUCAGUUUCCCCGUGUGUAAAUGGGGCGGGGGCAGAGCAUAUGCUUCAAAACCCGCUUGUGGGGCUGAGGCAUCAGUGAAAGCUUUGGCACAAGGCCGGCCCUCAACCAGAGCACGCCUUGCCUCGCCUCUCCUCCUGAAUCAGCUCCCAAGGCAGGGAAGGCAAGUGGGCCAAGUGGGAAUUCACCACCCUGGAACAGAGUAGGGCCAGCGAUUCAUUAACCUCAAGGGUCCCCAAGUCCCUGCAAAGAGCAGGAGGGGUGCCUAAAAAAGCAGUGACCCCCUCCUGAGGCCUGCCCCACCCCUCAUCUCUAGCCUGGGUUCUAGGAAGACUAGAAAUGGGAAAACAUCCCUGAGGGAGAGGAAGCCCUGAUACAUGGCCGUGGCCGCCAACACGGAGCACCUACUAUGUGCCAGGCACCAGCCUGGGUCCUUCACCAAUCUGGGCCUCACAACAACCUGCGAGGGGGGUGCUGUUACCCCAUUUUGCAAACGAGGGCUGGGCUCUGCGGAGAGGUGAAUUGGUAUGUGGCUGUUAUUUGAACCGGUCAGUGGGGCACGGAAUUCUGGAAAAGCCUGGCGGGAACUGGGGUGCUGGAGAGACAGGGGUCUUAGGGCUCGGGCCUCUGGGAUCACUUGUGAUCCUGCCCCAUCUUCAGGAAAGAUCCUGAGAUCCCAGAGUCUCCAAGGGAGCCUUGGACUUCUCCCAGCAGCCUCCGGGGCUCUCCAGAGAAACCUGUCUGACUGCUUCCCUGCCCCACCCAGUUUCCUGUCCAAUGCUCAGAGUGCAGCUGCCUCACCACAGACUUUUCCAGGGAGCCCCAGUGCGUGGGGGUGGGUCUGCAGAACCCCAGAAGCUGCCGGAGGCCCCGAGUGCCUCCUGCUCUGGGAGCAUUGGGCAGGGACGGCAAGCAGCCACCAUGGAGGUGAUGAACCUGAUCGAACAACCCAUCAAGGUGACUGAGUGGCAACAGACAUACACCUAUGACUCUGGCAUCCACUCGGGGGCCAACACCUGUGUGCCCUCGGUCAGUAGCAAGGGCAUCAUGGAGGAGGAUGAGGCCUGCGGGCGCCAGUACACGCUCAAGAAGACCACCACCUACACUCAGGUGCCCCAGAGCCAAGGAGACCUGGAGUACCAGAUGUCCACGACGGCCAGAGCCAAGCGGGUGCGGGAGGCCAUGUGUCCUGGCGUGACAGGUGAAGACAGCUCACUGCUGCUGGCCACCCAGGUGGAGGGGCAGGCCACCAACCUGCAGCGGCUGGCCGAGCCGUCCCAGCUGCUCAAGUCAGCCAUCGUGCAUCUCAUCAACUACCAGGACGACGCCGAGCUGGCCACCCGGGCCCUGCCCGAACUCACCAAACUGCUCAACGAUGAGGACCCGGUGGUAGUGACCAAGGCAGCCAUGAUCGUGAACCAGCUGUCCAAGAAAGAGGCGUCGCGGCGGGCGCUGAUGGGCUCACCCCAGCUGGUGGCAGCCGUGGUGCGUACGAUGCAGAACACCAGUGACCUGGACACGGCUCGCUGCACCACGAGCAUCCUGCAUAACCUCUCCCACCACCGCGAGGGGCUCCUUGCCAUCUUCAAGUCAGGCGGCAUCCCUGCCCUGGUCCGCAUGCUCAGCUCCCCCGUGGAGUCGGUCCUGUUCUACGCCAUCACCACGCUGCACAACCUGCUGCUCUACCAGGAGGGCGCCAAGAUGGCGGUGCGCCUGGCAGACGGGCUGCAGAAGAUGGUGCCCCUGCUUAACAAGAACAACCCCAAGUUCCUGGCCAUCACCACCGACUGCCUGCAGCUCCUGGCCUACGGCAACCAGGAGAGCAAGCUCAUCAUCCUAGCCAACGGAGGACCCCAGGCCCUCGUGCAGAUCAUGCGCAACUACAGUUAUGAGAAGCUGCUCUGGACUACCAGCCGCGUGCUCAAGGUGCUGUCUGUGUGUCCCAGCAAUAAGCCCGCCAUUGUGGAGGCUGGUGGGAUGCAGGCCCUGGGCAAACACCUGACAAGCAACAGCCCCCGCCUCGUACAGAACUGCCUCUGGACCCUGCGUAAUCUCUCGGACGUGGCCACCAAACAGGAGGGCCUGGAGAGCGUGCUGAAGAUACUGGUGAACCAACUGAGCGUGGAUGACGUCAAUGUCCUCACCUGCGCCACGGGCACGCUGUCCAACCUGACGUGCAACAACAGCAAGAACAAGACGCUGGUGACCCAGAACAGCGGCGUGGAGGCUCUCAUCCACGCCAUCCUGCGUGCCGGUGACAAGGACGACAUCACGGAGCCUGCGGUCUGCGCCCUGCGCCACCUCACCAGCCGUCACCCGGAGGCCGAGAUGGCCCAGAACUCCGUGCGCCUCAACUACGGCAUCCCGGCCAUCGUCAAGCUGCUCAACCAGCCCAACCAGUGGCCGCUGGUCAAGGCAACCAUCGGCCUGAUCAGGAAUCUGGCCCUGUGUCCAGCCAACCAUGCCCCUCUGCAGGAGGCGGCGGUCAUUCCCCGCCUCGUGCAGUUGCUGGUCAAGGCUCACCAGGAUGCCCAGCGCCAUGUGGCUGCAGGCACACAGCAGCCAUACACGGACGGCGUGAGGAUGGAGGAGAUUGUGGAGGGCUGUGCCGGAGCCCUGCACAUCCUCGCCCGGGACCCCAUGAACCGCAUGGAGAUCUUCCGACUGAACACCAUCCCCCUGUUUGUGCAGCUCCUGUACUCAUCAGUGGAGAACAUCCAGCGUGUAGCCGCCGGGGUGCUGUGUGAGCUGGCCCAGGACAAGGAGGCAGCUGAUGCCAUUGAUGCCGAGGGGGCCUCGUCCCCACUCAUGGAGCUACUGCACUCUCGCAACGAGGGCACAGCCACCUAUGCUGCCGCUGUCCUGUUCCGCAUCUCUGAGGACAAGAACCCAGAUUAUCGUAAGCGUGUGUCUGUGGAGCUCACCAACUCCCUCUUCAAGCAUGACCCAGCUGCCUGGGAGGCCGCCCAGAGCAUGAUCCCCAUCAAUGAACCCUAUGCAGAUGACAUGGAUGCCACCUACCGCCCCAUGUACUCGAGUGACGUGCCCCUGGACCCUCUGGACAUGCACAUGGACAUGGAGGGAGACUAUCCCAUCGACACCUACAGCGACGGCCUGAGGCCCCCCUACCCUGCGGCGGACCACAUGCUGGCCUAGCUGGCUCCUUUCCAGUGCGGUUCCUCAUCUGAGAGGCUCUCCGUGCAGGCGAUGGGGCGAGACAGAAAAGUGCCUGAGCCCAGGGGAGCGGGGCUGCGACUUCUCGCCGAACCCCACGCCUCCAGAGGUCCUCUGUAGCGUCUUUCUUGGGAUGGUGAUCUGCUCCUGCUUUUCUGUCCUGGGCCGUGGGUCCAGGGCCCAACACCCCCUCCCCACCUCUGUGGCCCCGGAACUAAAGCUUUAGACUCAAUCACCUGCUCUCUUCCCCCACCUGGCAAUCACCCCCCGACCCCCACUCCCACCCCCAGCCCAGGCGGCUUGACUCCAGCAGCCUGGGCCCCACAGAGCUUUGGUUCCUCCCCCGGGCCUGAUUUUCUCACCGAACUCCAGCCGACCGACUGUUCCGAGCCCCUGGAGUGUCCAGGACCCAGGUUCAGGGCCCCAAAUCCCAGAAUCCAAAGCUUGUCUUGAAAAGUUCAGGGACCGACAAGGAGAUGGGAUGGAGACGCGGAGAGGACUCCAGGACACUCCAGGACACUGCCUGCUCCUCUCUCCAGGACCCUCAACCGGACCUGGCCCCUUCCUGGGAGCUCUGGGGACAGCUCCCUGGCACCCCAUCCCACCCCGUCCCACCCACUCCACCGCCCUAGCUGACUCCUGAGAAGUGCUCUUGGCUGACCCCUCUGGUGUGCGGUGAGGGGCUUUCUCUUCCCCUUCCUGUUUCGAACCCACCACCACCUCCUGCACGUGGGUGUGGGGGGCUGGGGGAGGUCCCAGCAGAGAGUUUUAUUAUUAUCGCUUUAUGUUUUUGGUUAUUGGUUUUUUUUUUUUUUUUGUAUAGACCAAAGCAAAGGAAAUAAAACUAACACACAGA